AUGGCCACCCCCAACCCAUCCACCCCCGUGUCAAGCGCGGCCAACGACGCAGCAACCUCGGCCAUCGAAUCCGCGACGUCGGAAAUCUCGUCCAUCAUUUCCUCCGUCACGUCGUCCGUGGUUCCGUCGUCGUCGUCGGCGGUUAGUAGCUCUUCCUCCGCUGCUGCUGCUACUACCAGCAGUGCUCCUUCUUCUUCUUCCUCUUCCUCCUCCUCUUCCGUAGAACCCUCCUCAUCAGAGGCGCAGACUUCUUCCGCUGCCCCGAGCUCGUCCCAGGCCGCAACAACGAGCUCUGCGGCCCCUACCACCACAUCCCAACCUCCCUCAACCACUUCUUCCCCCUCUUCAACCGAAGCUGCACAGACAACAACUUCCGAACCAGCUUCCACCACCAGAUCAAGCGAAUCUUCCGAGAGCUCGACUUCCCGGACCACCACGAGAACUCCGAGCACUACCGUCUACACCUCUGUAGUUACGAAGUCUGCUUCCGGCACCGGUGCCAGCGCUAGCCCUGUCGUUAUCACUGUCACUGCUACCAGCGUUUCUGACCCCUCCGGCACGGCCGGCAGCGACUCGGCUGCUGCAACCAACUCCGAAGGCGCGUCGCUCCAGUCCAGUGGCAGUAGUUCGGAUGAUAGCGGCGGCCUCACGACGGGCGGAAAGACCGCCGUUGCUGUCGUUGUCCCGGUUGUUGUCGUCGCUCUGCUCGUUGCGGCCGGUAUAUUUUUCUGGAGGAAGCGAAAGCAAAGGAAGAUUGCCGAGGAGGACCGGAGGAAGGAGGUCGAGGAGUAUGGCUUCAACCCGAACCAUGACCCCACGCUUCCCGCUGUCGGUGGUUACGGUUCGGAAAUGGCGGAGGAUUCCAGCGGGUACCGUGGUUGGGGCAACACCACCAACGCGUCGAACCGCAAGGCUUCCACGACCAUUUCCGGCGGAUUGACUGCCUUCUCCGACUCGGGCAGCCAGCCUGGAGGAUACCACAGCCCCGGCUCGCCCACGAACCCCAGCGCAGCGGAUUCUGGAGACCCAUUGAUGCACCGCCGGGAAACGAUGGAUUCGGAGGGCAUUGGCGCGCUUGGCGGAGCGCCCGUCAGCAACAAACGUGCGUCGGACAUUCAUCGUGGACCUUCCAACGCCUCCUCGUCCUACUCGGGCGCAGGGCGGUCGGACAGCUCGGAAAACGGCCACAUGCAGAACAACCCCCAGGACUACUAUGCCGACAACGGCUAUUAUCAAGCGUACAACCCGCACUACGACGGCCAACCCGUCGUGCAGAAUGUAGCAGCCAGGCGGAACACGCGGAUUGAGAACCCAGCCCACUACCCUCCAGCAGGCAACUCGGGCAUCGCACAAAACUUCUGA